AUGUCUUUGGACGAAAGAUUUAAUACAGCAGCUAAAAGAGCAGCAAAAGAACUAACUGCACAACUAGCAGUUGAGAAUCUACUUGAAUUAUAUGCAUUAUACAAACAAUCCACCAUUGGUGAUUGUAAUACAGAGAGGCCACAUAUGUUGGAUUUUGAAGGAAAUGCAAAAUGGGAUGCUUGGAACGGCAAAAAGAAUAUGGAACCAAAAACGGCAAAGGAGCACUAUAUUGCUAAAGUAGAAGCAUUAAUUGCCUCAAUUGGAAAGAAAUAA